AUGACUUCCACCGUACUUCUCACCCUCGCUGCCUUGCAAGGCGUGAACGCUUGGGGCGCGCUUGGGCAUGCUACUAUCGCCUACAUCGCACAGAACUAUGUCACUGACGAGGUAGCUUCCUGGGCUCAAGGUGUGCUCGCGGACACCUCAGACUCAUAUCUGGCCAACAUCGCCUCCUGGGCCGACAGCUACCGCGCCACGACCGCUGGCGCGUGGUCUGCCCCUCUGCACUUCAUUGACGCAGAGGAUAGCCCGCCAUCGAGUUGCAGCGUGGACUACGACCGGGACUGUGGCUCCACAGGCUGUUCCGUGUCCGCCAUUGCCAACUACACACAGCGAGUGGGCGAUGCUCGUCUUUCCGCUGCAAACAUCGCCGAGGCUCUGAAGUUUCUGGUCCACUUUACCGGAGACAUCACGCAACCCCUUCACGACGAAGCGUACGAGAAGGGUGCCAAUGGUGUCUCUGUCACGUACCAGGGCUACUCAGACAACCUGCAUGCCGACUGGGACACAUACCUUCCCCAGACGCUCGUUGGGGGGAGCAGUCUGACAUAUGCCAAGACUUGGGCCACCAACCUCACCGCGGAGAUCAACUCGGGCGCCUACAAGUCCCAGGCCGCAAGCUGGAUCUCUGGCGACAGCGUCAGCGCAGCCGUGGACACCGCGAUGGCCUGGGCCACCGAUGCCAACGCCUACGUAUGCAGUGUCGUGAUGCCCGACGGCGCUGCAGCCCUGACGGCUAUGAGCGACCUCUACCCCACGUACUACGACUCGGUCAUUCCCACCAUUGAGCUGCAGAUUGCCAAGGGCGGCUAUCGCCUGGGGAAUUGGUUGAACUUGAUCUACACUGCUGAGAUCAAGAAGCGGGAUCUCGAGGCGGGUAGAUUUGUCAAGAAGGCUGAGAGGAAGCCCCUGCCGGAUUUGAUGGGCCGCGAUCUCCUGCCGGCGCCAAGGCCUCUGAGCAAGGCGAAGCUCGCCAGAGCUGCAAUUGGAUAUGGAUGUGGUUGUGACCAUGAUCACAGCAAGAGAGAUGAACACCAUCAUUGA